GCUGAGCAGGUGACAGGCUGCAGAAAGGGUAUGGGGGAGUGAAAUUCCUGCUGACGUCACGGGGAAAGACACCUCCGAGAGCGAGCGAGAGAGUGAGAGAGAGAGAGUCGGCUAUAAAUACCAAAAACCAGCACGCCUAUGGCUUUGCAAGCGGAUUAACGGAGUGCUGGCGAGUGUGAAUGGGAGGGCCAGAAAGAAACAGAAACGCUUAGAGCAUAGCUGCUGGGCUGGAGCAACGGACUUACAUUUAACUGGGCUACUUACAAUGUGAGGUGUGAGGACUCAUUCUGCGAGGAAUCCAUUCAGUGUGAAGCGCAUUGGAAAUUGUCAAUUAAGCCACCAUGCCAGAACAAAGCAACGAUUAUCGAGUGGUGGUGUUUGGAGCAGGAGGUGUAGGCAAGAGUUCGUUAGUGCUGAGGUUUGUGAAAGGCACCUUCAGGGAAAGCUACAUCCCCACAAUUGAGGACACCUAUCGACAGGUGAUCAGCUGUGACAAAAGCAUCUGCACCUUACAAAUCACAGACACAACUGGAAGCCAUCAGUUUCCAGCCAUGCAGCGCCUGUCCAUCUCCAAGGGUCAUGCCUUUAUCCUUGUUUUCUCCAUCACAAGCAAGCAGUCCCUGGAGGAGCUAAAGCCAAUUUUUGAACAAAUCUGCCAAAUCAAAGGGGAUGUGGAGAGCAUUCCAAUUAUGCUAGUGGGGAAUAAGUGUGAUGAGACUCAGAACCGAGAGGUGGAGACCAGUGAUGGAGAAGCAAUGGCCAAGAAGUGGAAAUGUGCAUUUAUGGAGACGUCAGCCAAGACCAACCACAACGUCAAGGAGCUCUUCCAAGAGCUACUUAACCUGGAGAAACGCAGGACAGUGAGCCUUCAGAUUGAUGGAAAGAAGAACAAGCAACAGAAACGGAAAGAAAAACUUAAGGGCAAGUGUGUAGUCAUGUGAGACUGUUGUUAGAACGAGCAACUGGGGAUGUUCCGAUAGCAUGACACCUGACAAAGUACCACCAGUAUGUUCUGAAAUUAUAUACAGAAAUGCAAAUGAUGUUACUCAAAAUACAUAACCUUAUUUAAUAUUUAAUGUGGAACAAAACACCAAUUCAUCUGCCUCAGCAAAGCCUUAAAAAGCUUUGAAUAAAUCAAUACUCCUGAGCUGCAAUACUGGAAAAUAAAACAAACAAAAAUUACACUGAAGUUAGUAUAUACAGUGUAAAGACCAUUCACACAAUGAAUGCAAAAUGAAAUCCAGCGUUUGAAAACAGAAAAGAAGAAUAUGUCUGAGCAUAAUCUUUUUAAUGUGGAUUCAUAUUUCCUGUUGGCUUGAAUGUAAGAGUUAGUUAAAAUGCCAAGGGAGCAAAUAAAUUGUUAAAUGCAACUGAAAUGAAAAGCUUUAAAAGGGAACUUGCUCUAUCUAUCUAUCUAUCUAUCUAUCUAUCUAUCUAUCUAUCUAUCUAUCUAUCCUAAUGUUUUUUACGGUAACAGAGAACAAUGCCUAAUUCUAGCAAUAUAAAUGGAGUCAAAUUUUCAAUUGGUUUUGUAGGAAUUCCUAAAUGGACUUUUCACUUUGCCAUAGUUUGCUGGUUUGGUUUUCCACUUACUUUGUCUCCAUUUUGCACACCAAGCCUUUCUAAAAUGAAUAAACUACAUACUAGAUAUUGUCCAAGAGUUUUAUCUUAAGAUACCAUCUUUAAAAUGAAUGAAGUCCCUUUGCACUUUGUAAUUAGUUAAAUACAUACAUGUUAAAAUUGUAUUUAGGAAAGUUAGGACAAUUGCUGUAGUACCAGGAAUGCUGCUACAACAUGGGGCAUUUGUAAUCAUUAUGAAUAUUAAUGUGUUUGUUUUUCAACACUGAAUGGAGGAUUGCAUAACAGAAAUAAUAAAAAAGCACAUUCUUUUGUGUGUGUUUUUCUAGUAUAAAAUAUGUGUUAGCUGCAGCUUAUGCCUCUUUGCAAUGUUAUAAAAAG